GCAUGUUGGGGCGUGCGGUCCGGAGGCGCUGCCCGAGGGGGCUGCGGCGCGGCCGGGAGGCGCUGCUGGCGUUGCUGGCGCUGGCUGGGCUGGGUGCGGUGCUGCGGGCUCGAAGCGGUUCUGGGACGGUGGAGACCCAGGCCACGGUGCACCCAGUGCCCCCGCGCACUCCUCGCCAGGGGCGUCGCGAGCCAGUGUUGACCAGGCCGCCACUGGCCGCCAAUGCGCUGGGCGCGCAGGGGGAGGCGGUGCGGCUGCAGCUGCAGGGCGAGGAGCUGCGUCUGCAGGAGGAGAGCGUGAAACUGCACCAAAUCAACAUCUACCUGAGCGACCGCAUCUCACUGCACCGACGCCUCCCGGAGCGCUGGAACCCUCUGUGCAGAGAGGAGAAAUACGAUUAUGAGAAUUUGCCCAGGACUUCUGUCAUCAUAGCCUUUUAUAACGAAGCCUGGUCAACACUCCUUCGGACAGUUUACAGUGUCCUCGAGACCUCCCCUGACAUCCUGCUGGAGGAAGUUAUUCUCGUAGAUGACUACAGCGACAGAGAGCACCUGAAGGAGCGCUUGGCCAAUGAGCUAUCACAGCUGCCCAAGGUGCGCCUGAUCCGUGCCAACAAGAGAGAGGGCCUAGUGCGAGCCCGGCUGCUGGGAGCCUCUGUGGCCAAGGGUGAAGUGCUGACCUUCCUGGACUGUCACUGUGAAUGCCAUGAGGGGUGGCUGGAGCCUUUGCUGCAGAGGUGUCAUGAAAGGGAGUCGGCAGUGGUGUGCCCCGUUAUUGAUGUGAUUGACUGGAACACCUUCGAGUACUUGGGCAACUCCGGAGAGCCCCAGAUUGGCGGUUUUGACUGGCGGCUGGUAUUCACGUGGCAUGUGGUUCCCCAACGAGAGCGGGAAUUGAUGCGGUCCCCUAUCGAUGUCAUCAGGUCUCCAACAAUGGCUGGAGGGCUGUUUGCUGUGAGUAAGAGAUAUUUUGAAUAUCUGGGGUCUUAUGAUACAGGAAUGGAAGUCUGGGGAGGAGAAAACCUUGAAUUCUCCUUUAGGAUCUGGCAGUGUGGUGGCACUCUGGAAACACAUCCCUGCUCUCACGUAGGCCAUGUUUUCCCUAAGCAAGCUCCCUAUUCGCGCAGCAAGGCCCUGGCCAACAGUGUCCGAGCUGCGGAAGUGUGGAUGGAUGAAUUUAAAGAACUCUACUACCACCGUAAUCCCCGGGCCCGCCUGGAACCUUUUGGGGAUGUGACAGAGAGGAAGAAGCUUCGGGCCAAGCUCCAGUGUAAAAACUUCCGGUGGUUCCUGGAGACAGUGUACCCAGAACUGCAUGUGCCGGAGGACAGGCCUGGCUUCUUCGGAAUGCUCCAGAACAAAGGACUCAGAGGGUACUGCCUUGACUAUAACCCUCCUAAUGAAAACCAAGUUGAUGGCCACCAGGUCCUUUUGUACCUCUGCCAUGGGAUGGGGCAGAACCAGUUUUUCGAGUAUACAUCCCAGAAAGAAAUACGUUACAACACCCGCCAGCCUGAGGCCUGCUUAGCUGUGGAGGAAGGGAAGGAUGUCCUUGUCAUGCAUCUCUGCAGUGACACUGUCCCGGAGAAUCAGGAGUUCAUCCUACACGAGGACGGCACUUUAGUUCACAAGCAGACCAGGAAAUGUGUCAAAGCCACAAAGAAGGAGUUGGGCCAUGGCUUUGCACCACUCUUGCGGGACUGCACCAACUCAGACAAUCAGAAAUGGUUCUUCAAGGAACACGUGUCAUAGUGCAUCGCCUGGUCAAGGAAGGAGCCCACCAUGGCACAGACUCUGUGCCCAGCGAGAUGGAGGAAGUACAUGGUUGGCAUUUGUGAAUGUGUUGAAUUUCACACGGAUGUGGUGAAUAAGCCUUGUGCAGAGUUUGAAAACUUUAAGAGUGUCUCCCAGCAAUCCUAAAAUGGUAUUUGGUAUUUGGAAAGGUGAAUUAGGAUAUUUUUUCUAUCAAGAUGUGCAUUUCACAAUGGUACCUUUUAUUCUCACUAGAAAAAGAAGGUAAAUAUUUUAUUUUGGUACUUACAAAGAUCCCAGGUAUUUGCAGUGUACUUUGCACAAACUGAUAAUACCUCAAAUGUCGAGUUUUUUCGGUGGGAUGAGAUGGACACUAGAAGCGUUGUGUUGAUUUCUUCAGGUGUGAGUUAGAUGAGAUAAUAAAAGCAUGCUUUUUGCUUAAAUGUUGGUAAUACAGUCCAAACUCUUAUCAUAAUGUUCACACUAACUAAAUCUGAAAUUUCAAUUUUGCCAAGAUCGUGCAAACUUGAGAGGGUAUUUCCAACAAUGCCUAGUGGAAGGGUGGCCGGUAGCUUUUAGUAGUGCUUAGCCACUGUGACUUUAAAACGUGUUUGCAUACCUUAUAAUUUUUAUCACAAGAUAGUGCCAGGGAGAAAUGCAAUAUUCACAGGAAACUCAUUUUUCAAGUUGGUUCUUAAAUAGUGUUUGAUUAUUUAAAUCAGUGUGAGAGUUUGUGAUGAAACAGCUGCUUGGAUAUUACUCAAUAAUUCAGAUGUUUGCGUGGUCCUAGAUCAGUUCCCAGAGCUCACCAACUUACUAAAACCAAUAGGAAUGAUUAAAAAUGCCAUAAGUGAACUAGGGGUGUAGGUCAGUUGGUAGAGUGCCUAUGUAGCAUGAAUGAGGCCCCAACACCUCACAUUUAACAAUAGGCUUGGUGGCACACCCCUAACCCCAGCACUUGGAGGUGGAGGCAGAAGGAACAGAAGUCCAGGUUAUCCCUGGCUACACAGAGAGUUUGAGUUCAGUCUGUCUCAAGAAAUGUCAGUGAGAAGGUAGACUGUGGAUCUUGUUUUUGUCCCAGUUAAUUGUGAAAACACACUAUGAUGCAUUAAAAAGUGUCACCU